AUGGCUGGCCAAACUCUGAAAGAUUGGGUACACUGGUUGCCUUUGGCUGAAUGGUGGUAUAACACUAAUUUCCAUACAGCAAUACAAACAACUCCGUUUGAAGCCAUAUAUGGAUACCCUCCCUCGGUCCACACACUGUAUGUAGUAGGUGACUCGAGAGUGGAAGAGGUGGAUGUAUCGCUAACGACCAGGGAAGCCUCACUCCAACUCAUAAAACAACGUUCGGUCCAGAAGUUAUUCCACAAGCUCUCACCAAAGUAUUUUGGGCCAUUUGAAGUGUUGGAAAGGAUUGGGGAAGUUGCUUACAAUAUGGAACUCGGGACCGAGAAGAGGAUACACAAUGUCUUCCAUGUCUCGCAAUUAAAAUCAUUCCAAGGUACCCCUGCUGUUGUUGAAAAUAUUCCCCAACUUAGCACACAACCUAACAGGACCGGAAAAAUUGUGGGUGAACAAGAUAUAAUGGUGCAAGGGAAAAUGAAAAAACAGCUGCUAAUCAAUUGGAAUGGGGCCCAAACAGAAGACCAAACUUGGGAAGAUGCAGAAGUUAUAAGUAUUCAAUGCCCAGAGAUGCUAGCAGCAAGGAGGCAAACAAGACAACACUCUCUUAGUCGGGGUCGACGAAUUUCUGAUGGGGGAGAUGAUGUUACGAUCCACGAAUAA